AUGCACAGAAAUCGCAUCUUCCGUGAGAAGCAGUAUGAGGAGCAGCGACUGAAAGAGUUCACAGAUUCGCUGGACCGAUCGAAAGUAGCGUGGCUGGAGCAGGCGGAGGAGCGGCGUCGGCAGCGGGAGGUGCACGAGGGUCUGUUUGGCGGAGUGGGCUUGAGGCGGCGUUUCCGGAAACAUUACGCCCUGUGCCUGGAGGUGGCCGAGCAUAUCGUCGACCUGGCCACCAUUGUGUCUGACUACCGUCACCUCCCCUUAGGGUAGGUGGCACCGGAGGUGAUGAGGGAGUGGAAGGAGCUGUUCUUUUGCCCCGAACCCCAGCAACACAUCUAUCAGCCACCGGCCUCAGCACUGCAGCUUGACGUUCGACCACCCCAGGAUGACAUUGCGGCCAAGCAGCAACUGCUCAAUACCCAGGAUUAGGAGAAUACCAGUGUGAUCACAGGGUGGUGGAACCCCCUGGACAAUGGGCUUAACCUCGGCCCCCCUCUGAACAACAACGUUCUGGGCCACGCCGUCCGCGCAUCAUUGAUACGGGUGGAACCGCCAUCUCACGGCCAGCCCCCCCACCCCCGCGCCGCUUUCCCGCCGUUCCCCCAUUCAAGGGCCCGGAUCCUGGGCAAGGUGAACGCUGGCAAAACCGCUGCCCUGAAGCAUCUGACCCAGUCCCUGAAUCUGCGAGCGAUCAGUACCAACACCGUGCUGCAGGAGGCAGUGCAGGGCUGCCGGCGAGGGAAAACCAUGGACCCCGGGGAGAGGCAGGAGGGACAGCAGAACCUGGAACAGAGGGGAGAGGCGGGUGGCCCAGACGUGGCGGGAGCUGUUGUGGGCGAUGUUGUUGCUGAGGGGCAGGACGGUGAGAAUGGAGCUACGCGGGAGCCAGCCCCCUUGCCCUCAGGAAGCCCCCUUGUGGGGCAGCUGGAGUCGGCGCCCGAGGCACAGAGCGGGAGCGAGCAUCAACCCGUGCCAGACCCACAGGUGGAGCAGAAGGAACUGCCGGAAGCCCUGACCUCCACCGCUGACAAUCAAGAGCCCCAGCUCAGUGCAAGAGCCAAACUGGGACAGAGAGCUGCCGACAUUCUGAAGAAAGGGGAGAGUGUUCCUGACCAGUUGUUGGUGGAGAUCAUGACCGAGUACCUGCGACGGCUGCCGGUGGGGUGCGGCUGGAUCCUGGAUGGUUUCCCCAUGACCUUGGGCCAGGCCAAGCUGCUGGAGAAGGCACUCACCGGCGUCCACCCUGACACGACCGCGGCCAAGACCAAGAGGUCCAAGACCAAGCUGGUGGUGGAUCCCAAAGCACCCGAGGAGCCGCCACCUCCCCGCCCUGCCCUGGAUAUCGUCAUCCUGCUGGACGUUUCUGACAACACCGCGCUGACUCGCCACUUGCACCCAGGGUGUGCAGAGGCGCAGGAAGCCCCCAGUCUGCGGGAAGAACAUGUCGGGCUGGAUGACACUGAGAGCCCCCCCUCAGCACAGGAACAGGUGCUGCUGCCCCGGCUGGCGGGAUUCCUGGACCACUGGGCGGAGCUGGAGCAUUGGCUAGAGGGGCAGAGCAUCCUGGUGAAAGUGAACGGCGAGCUGGAGCGCUCCGAGCUGCUGGAGAAGCUGCAGCUGCUGCUUGUCCAGGCCCUGCUGAAGAAGCACAGCCCAGAUACUGUGACUGAGAAGCCUCCGGAGAUGCCGCCUCCAGCCCAGGCUGAACCAUCUCCUGCCCAGGAAGCCCCAGACACCUCUCCAAAGGAAGGGAUUCCUGCAGCACAAGGUUCGGUGAGUGUUGCCGGUGCCACCAAAGAGAAGAACAAGGUGUCGCUGCGUGAGAGGAAACAAAGCAAAGGGGGCUCGGCUGUUCCAGCAGAUUCGGUGAGCAGCUCGGCGAAGGGCAAGAAGGGAGGCGAGUCUCCUGGUGACAGGAAGCAAUCCAAGUCAGGUUCUAUCAAAGGAAAAAAAGGCAAGGAGCAGAAAGGGAAGUUGGAAGCACAAGCAUCGGAGCCCGCCAGUCAACUGGACAGUGGCCUGCCCCCACCUCCAAAACCCGGAUCCGACCAGUGGGUCUACGUGGAUGAGCCGGUUCCCCAGGAGAUUGCGGAGUACCUGGCUCGCUACUGGAACGGCAUUGUGGACAUCUACAUCACCACCAUCCACAAGGUGAUGCAGGAACUGCGGCAGGAGAGGCACCUACUCAUCCACAACCUGCACGCCCUGUGGAGGGAUUACGGGGAGUACUUGGACAUUCGUCCGGAUCACAAGCAGGAGUUUGUGUCGCGAUGGCAGGAGGACUUCAACUCUGUGACCGACGAGCUGCGCAAUGACAAUGAUGUCAAAGCUGAGCUGCUGCUGCGGCUCUACAACCUGCGGGAAUGUCUGUGGGAUAUCUCGGACAGGAGGAAGGAGGAGGCUAUGCGGGAGCGGCAGAACCUGAUUGGGAGCGGCUGGCUGCAGGAUCACCUGGGAAUCAUUCUCAACCUCUACACCACCCUGAUGCAGGUGGAGGUGGAUCGCUUCCAGGACAGCGCCAGGUUCCUGCAGGAUUACUACCAGGGGAUGGAAGGCACAAUCCCUCAGGAGCACAACAAGGAGUUUGCACGGAUCCCGCUGGUCGAUGUUACUGAUUUAGAGGCACCCGCCUUCACAGACCUAGAGAUCAGGAAUUCUCUCCUGCCGGAAGGUGUGGAAAUAACGGAAGCCAGCAGUCCAACUCCCAGUAAAGAUGAUCAGCAGGGGAGCGAACAGCAAGAAGGCCAAGAGAUUAAAUUGUUCAAUCUUCCCCAGUCGGAUGGACAGAGAAAGACAGAAACCAGCAGUCUGGGCACCAGGGGCGAGGAGCAACAAGGGGGAGAACAGGAAGGAGGACAACAGACAAAACCAUUCAGAGUGCCCCUGGUGCCGUAUCGAAUCCCCUCGUCCAGUCAGGUGGUGAAGGACAAAGGCAAGGCAACGGUGAAGGCAGCAGCAAAGGUCAAGGAGGAGGUGCUGGCUGCAGAGCCUCUGCUCCACACCAGCAUCGAUGACUAUCUGAUCUUCGAAGCCUACAACACAGCAAUCUCAACCCUCUCAAACCUGAUCCAGAGAGAAGUGAAGAUCAAGGAGGACGAGGAGAAGAAGGAGCAGAAACUGAAGGAAGAAAAAGAGCAGCUGAAAUCCUCAGCUGGCAAAGAGGGCAAGAAGAAGUCUGCUGGGAAGAAGAAAGGGCUCCGCUCCACCACUCCUCAGAUGCCCGUGGUGGUGGAGAACCCAGAGGAGGCUCGCAGGAGGGAGCUGAGGGAGCGCAUGUUCAUUGAGUACCUGACAGCCCUGGACACCGAGGCGGUUGCCGUCACCUCUCGGCUGGAGCUGAUCAAACUGAAAGCUCUGGCAGUUGUGCAGGAUCUGAAGGCCAAGGCUGACGAAGUGUUCGCCAGCAUGGAGGACUGGCUCGGCAGCCAGUUCCUGCAGGAGAUGGAGAGCAUCGCUGCCCUGCUUGCCGUGGGGCUGGAGCACAUUGAAGAUGGGACUAAGAUCAAGUACCACCUGGCGCUGGGCAGCAAGGAGUUCUUUGUGGACGGCGACGUGAAGCUGGUGGAGGAUCCGGGGCCUCUGCCCCGCCAGCCCUCCAUAGAGAUCCCCAAAGCCGGGCAGAUGACCAUGCAGCAGCUGCGGAACCUUGUGGAGCACUUCAUAGCCAUGUCCCCCACCGGUUUGAUGACGAGGAAAAUGUUCAUCGAGACUCUACACGAGCUGGUGUCCCAGGACCUUGGAUCAGACUAUCUCCACGAGCCCUGGUGCAACGUCACCUACCCUCAGCUGGUGGAGGUGGCGCGGGUUCUGGCACCGGACUCUGAAUUCCUGGACUGGCGGCAGUUUGUGCUCCCACUGGCCCAACCCUGGCCCUACCCCUCCCUGAUGGAGCUGCUGCAAACCAAGGACAGAUUCCAUGCCCUGGACCAGGCUGACUCUGGCUACGUCACUGAGCACCAGUAUGAGCAGGUGGAGCUGUGGUUCACAGGAGACGAAGGGAUACAGGUGCCCGAUGACCCAGUAGAGCCCAUCCCCUUCGACAGACUCAGGCAGCUCAAGCAGGUAAAGUGGCCCGUGACUCGCCCCACCCCUUCUCUACCAUCCCACACCUCCCCCACUGUGAGUGUGCCGCCUCUGGUUAUAUUACAGUUGGAGCCGAUUGCCAGCCUAACGGUGCCGGAGUGGAGGCUGAGCCCGGAAGAGGCGUUGCCCAGCCCGGUUGCCCACAAGGUGCCCCUGUCCGCACUCAUCCAGGUAUCCAGUCACGGAGCCCCAGCCAUCACCGAUACCCACCGGCAAGCGGGCCAGGACACCGAGACACGGCAACGCUGCAAGCGGUUCACACAAGUUUACAAGGAGCUGGGAUCAAAGGAGCUGGAGCCUGUUGCAUUUGACAUCCUUUUGAAGCAUCCUGUCAUCAUGGACUUGAUAACCAACACCAUGAGAUUCAGCCAACCUGAUAUCCAGGCUGUUGUGCAGAAGAGGAUGGAUUACGAGGGUGGAGCCAACAGCUCUCCCGAACCCUCGCUGGAGCCAUCCGUCAGCCCCCCCACCGACGAGCCCAGCCAGGGUCUGGGACCGGUCCAGGGACAUGCCCAGAGUCGCCGCAGACUUCACAAGGCGUGAGCCUUCCAACGUGGCCACCAAUGAACAAGAAUAAAUUCACACAUGCAUCA